AUGAGCAGCGGCGACGGCAAUCAGGCCGGCGGCGCGGGGCGAGGAGGGGGAGCAGGGGGAGGAGGACCGGCGCCGUCGUCGGGAUUUCCGACUGCCGGCAGGCCCAUGGGCAUGGGCGCGCCGCCGUCCACGUCAGGCUAUGCGAGCGCGCCUCCGCCUCCCAUGGGGAUGCGAGCCAUGCCACCGCCAGGCAUGCCGAUGCAUCACUUCAUCUUCAUGCGCCCACCCCCCGGAGCCACUAUGCACCACUUCCGCCCGCCCCCCGGCGCCUCCCCCCUCCCCUUCCCCUUCCCGGGCAUGCCCCGCGCGCCCAGCCCCUUUUCCCACGCCCUGGCGCGUCCGCCCUCCCUCCCCCCGCCCAACAUGCGCCUCCCCACGCCCCCGCAUGGGGGGAGCGCGCCUCUGAGCUCGUUUCUGGCCGCUGCUGCGUCGAGGGGAGGGGCGGGCGCGGGGGGAACGGGGGGAGCGGGGGGGGAGAAGGCGCAGACGACUGUGUACGUGGGGAAGCUCGCUCCUUCUGUGGAUGACACACUGGUGGUGAAGCUGCUGGAGCUGUGCGGCCCUUUGAGGAGCUGGAAGAGGGCGUCGGACCCUACGAGCGGCAGUCCCAAGGGGUUUGGGUUCUGCGAGUUUGACACGGCUGAUGGGGUGCUGCGCGCCCUGCGCCUGCUCAACCGCCGCGAGAUCGACGGCCAGAACCUGCUGAAGUCGUGCAUUUCCAUCCUCUCCCUGCUCGCAUUUCCAUCCUCUCCCUGCUCGCAUUUCCAUCCUCUCCCUGCUCGCAUUUCCAUCCUCUCCCUGCUCGCAUUUCCAUCCUCUCCCUGCUCGCAUUUCCAUCCUCUCCCUGCUCGCAUUUCCAUCCUCUCCCUGCUCGCAUUUCCAUCCUCUCCCUGCUCGCAUUUCCAUCCUCUCCCUGCUCGCAUUUCCAUCCUCUCCCUGCUUGCAUUUCCAUCCUCUCCCUGCUCGCAUUUCCAUCCUCUCCCUGCUCGCAUUUCCAUCCUCUCCCUGCUCGCAUUUCCAUCCUCUCCCUGCUCGCAUUUCCAUCCUCUCCCUGCUCGCAUUUCCAUCCUCUCCCUGCUUGCAUUUCCAUCCUCUCCCUGCUCGCAUUUCCAUCCUCUCCCUGCUCGCAUUUCCAUCCUCUCCCUGCUCGCAUUUCCAUCCUCUCCCUGCUCGCAUUUCCAUCCUCUCCCUGCUCGCAUUUCCAUCCUCUCCCUGCUCGCAUUUCCAUCCUCUCCCUGCUCGCAUUUCCAUCCUCUCCCUGCUCGCAUUUCCAUCCUCUCCCUGCUCGCAUUUCCAUCCUCUCCCUGCUCGCAUUUCCAUCCUCUCCCUGCUCGCAUUUCCAUCCUCUCCCUGCUCGCAUUUCCAUCCUCUCCCUGCUCGCAUUUCCAUCCUCUCCCUGCUCGCAUUUCCAUCCUCUCCCUGCUCGCAUUUCCAUCCUCUCCCUGCUCGCAUUUCCAUCCUCUCCCUGCUCGCAUUUCCAUCCUCUCCCUGCUCGCAUUUCCAUCCUCUCCCUGCUCGCAUUUCCAUCCUCUCCCUGCUUGCAUUUCCAUCCUCUCCACGAGCUACUGUAAAUCCAUUUCGCCUACCCCUUCCCCCGCCCUCCCCCCUUCCCAUCCCCUCUCCCCCCCUCCUUUCCCGCUUCUCCUACGCCUCUCCUCCCUCCUCCCUGAUUGCGGUCUGUCCUCCAAAACCUGCCCUCCGUUCCUUUUCCCAAACUCGACUGCGUGGUGGCAGCUGAACGUGAAUGCAGCCACAAGGGAGUAUCUGGAGCGCGUGGUAGCUUCCAGGAAAGCCUCCUUUGCCGCCCUCGAAGCUUCCAGGAAAGGAUUGGCUGACCAGGGCGGGAAGGCGGGAGGGGAGGGAGUGGGCGAAGGGGACAAGGCGAAUGGGAAGGAGGAGAAGAGUGAGGAGGCUGAUGGGGUUAGGGAUGGGGAAGGGGGUGGAGGGGCGAAGGAAGAUGAGAGAGAAGGGAAAGGGGAGGAGGGGAAGGAAGGGAGCAAGGAGGGAGAGGAGGAGGGGGAGAAGAAAGGAGAGGGCAAGGAGGAGGAUGAGGAGGAGAGGAGGAAAGAGGAGGAGGCGAGGGUGUUUGGGCUGGUGACGCCUGAAGACAAGGACAAGGACGAAGCUGCUCUGGCGAAGCUCAAUAGCAUGCUGCAGGAGAGUGUGCUGCUGGGAGGGCAAGCUGCUACUGCAGCAGGUGUGGAGGCAGCAGCACCGAGCGGUAUGGCGGAUGAUGAAGGUGGGGUGGGAGGUGCAGACGGAAUUGGAGCAGGCGGGUUGAUCAAGAUUCCCGCACCUUCCAAGAAGACGCGCACGCUGGCAUCCGUGUUCGGCGCAGAGGAGGACGAGGAGGAGCUGGGGCGCAAGAAGCUGCGCCCUCUUGUCCCCAUCGACUAUGAUGACGGUGGUAGCGAUGCUGCUGCUGGCGCCGAUGCUGCUGCCGGUGGUGGUGGUACGGCACGUGGGCAUGGGGGUUCCUCCCCGAGGGGCCCAGCUGCGGCAAGCGGUGGUGCUGCGGGAGGGCUGGCGGCCAGUAUUGCUGCGGCGGCUGAGUUUGCCAAGCGGCUCUCGCAGGGAGGCGGGGCGGGCAAGGAGGACGAGAGGAGGAGCGGAGGGGGAGAUGCGGGUGCAGGUGGGGGGGAGAAGGAGAAGGCGAAACCCAAGGCGGUGGUGGAUGUGAAGUCGUUGAUUGACUCCAUCCCCAAGAGCAAGGACGACCUCUUUGCUGUGCCCAUUAACUGGACUGUCUAUGAUGAGAGUGCCCUGCACCAGCGCAUGCGCCCAUGGGUGGCAAAGAAGAUUCAGGAGUUCCUGGGGGAGGAGGAGCCCACCCUGGUGGACUUCAUCCUCUCCAAGACGCAGCAGCACGUGGGCGGGGCAGCGCUGCUGGGGCUGCUGGAGCCGAUACUGGACGAGGAGGCGGAGAUGUUUGUGCUCAAGAUGUGGCGCAUGCUCAUCUUUGAAAUCAAACGCGUUGAGAUGGGGCUCACGGGGAAGGCAAGUGCUAACCGUUUCUCGCUUUUCAUUCUUCCGCCUUCGAUCGUGUACCACUCGUCGUACACGCAUUUGGAGGGAGUGGAAUUCGCAUGUGGCUGUCCUCUGCUGCCGCUCAAAGCCACUGCCAGGGGACCCACUCACAACACCUCCACUGAGGAGACGGACAUAGUGGACGAGGCAAUCACGCUCUUCCGAGCCAACGUGCUGUUCCGCCGAUUCGACAUCCGCGGCCCAGCGGACAAGCUGCUAGUGUACCUGACCCUCUACAUCAACAUGGCUUUAAAGCGCAUCGACUCCUGCCCCUCCGAGGCCGAGGGCAUCAGGCUGCUCAUCAACCUCGGACUGGAGCCAUUCCCCAUCCCGGGGGACCCUGGAUUCCCGCUCGCGGGCUUGUUCGCCACGCCAACCAGCCGCCUUGAAGCAGAGACGCUACGGACGUACCUGCAGAGUGUGAGGGAGGAGACGAGCAACCGGCUGCUGCAGGUGGUGUAUCUGCCUGACGGCUCGCCCAACAAGUGGUGGCUUUCCUUCAGCAAGCGCAAGUUCAUGAAUGUCGCCAUGCCGCUCUGA